UUCACCGGCUGCCUCGCGCACGGAGAGAUCCUGUACCAGAAGCACACUGGCAAGAUUCUGCUCGUCCGCGGGUACUUCGAGCACAAUCUGCCCUGCAGGGACGCCUUCCUGUCCCGCAUCCCCCCCAUUCCUCUCCAUCCGUCUGUCUUUGAAGUGGCUCUCAAGCAGCUACGCGGCGGAGCCGAGCUGAGCAACAUACAGGAACUGAACCGAAAACUGUUCCGUACGUUUGCAUAUGCCGGCCAGCCACGAGACAUGCGGCAGUCAUCCUAUCGAUGGCUUCUCAGGAAGAGCGACACACGCUCACUCUACCGCCAAUUCAACCGAAUUCGCGGCAUCAACGUUGUACAGCCCGCGCACGUCAACGUGGACGAUUGGCUAGACUCGGCUUCUCCCGCAUACAACGCCGCCUUUGCAGAGGCCGUCUUCCUCUACUCUGCUCGAGCAACGCAAGACGACCGCUUCGAGGUCUGCAUCGCCACCAAAGAGAUGAAAGAGGCAUCAUGGACGUACGCGCACAACUCGCAGAUCAUCCUGGACGGGACGUUCGGCCUCUGCGACAAGAAGCUACUGCUGUUCAUCAUCAUGGGCCUCGAUGCACAGAAGCGAGGGGUUCCUCUCGCUUUCCUUCUCUUCUCAGCGCCAUCCGGCAAUCAGCAGACAUCGUCGGGAUAUAACACUGAGAUACUCACUCGUCUUCUCACCCACUGGCGAACCUCUCUUGGCACCCGGGAUGGCACGUCCUUUGCCCCGCGUGUUGCAAUCACGGACACGGACCUUAAGGAACGCGGGGCGCUUCUCAAGGUCUUCACCAGCUUGUGGUUACUGAUCUGCAAGUUCCACCUCCGGCAGUCCUGGCGCAACAAUCGCGCUCGUGUCCUGAAAGGGAACUCGCCCUACCACAGUGACGUCCGUGCUCGACUCAGACGUCUGGAGCUGUCCCUCAUCGAAACGACUUCGUUUGACGAUGCGCAGCAGCUCGUUGCCACGGAACGUAGCUUGCUGGAGAGCCUUCUGGUCCUGGACGGGCAAGAUGUCGAGUGCAAGGCCGCUGCCUCUGGAGGGGUUGCCCACCUGGAGUACCUCUCCGGCUACUGGCUUUCGCAUGCUCUGUGGUCGAGCUGGUCUGACUAUGGCAGGCAGACCGCUGCUCGACUGCUUGGCUGCCCGGUGGACGGUGUUCUACCGACUACAAAUCACCUGGAAUCCUUCAACGGCGUCUUGAAGCGAAAGCAUAUC